GAUAUUACAAGUAAGGAAGGCUAAGUUCGAAUGUAACCGCACAUUUUAUUCUCUCACAAUUUAUUUAUUAGCCACCAAGUUACACUUAAUUUUGCUAUGUUAUCUCACAACUCCGGAUGCUGCUUCACUAAAGCACAUAAUUUUUUAUUCAGCUCAGACAACAUAAUAUUAACCGAUAUACAUGGUAUAAAGUCCAGUGGAAGUCUGAAAAGCUUUAAUCAGGUAUAUGGGGCUGGAGGAAGUAUUGACUCAAUUUAACACAUUUUUGGCACAGCGACACACUAUUAUUUUCUUUAGAAUUCCAGAGAGAUCUUUCUCUUUUUUCGGUAAAAAUUCGGUCAGAAGCACUGACAUAUGUCCUAAUGUUCUAUAUCUGGAGCCUUGAAAAUUUAUAUCCAGAUUUCAGCAAAUUUUAGAGGGCGAUGUCACACUAGCAAUGCAGUUUUUGUGCUAAGUUCUGUUCCGAUAUCUUCACUCACUUCACUUUUAUAGAUUGUAAGUUAGAUAAUUCAGAUGGACUUCAAAAUUGUGGUUAAGGAAACUUGGCGUGGUUGUGAACAGAUUUCUCCCAUUUUCAAACUAUGCCAUAAGGAUGCCAAACAAAUGUUAGGAACUGAAUUGCGUGGAAAUUGGUGAAGCAAUUCCUGAUAUAGGGUUUUUUCUCCUAUAGGAGAGCCACGUCACACCUUUUCUUCAUUCCUUAUACCAAAUCUAGGGCAACUUUUUUGUACUUUUUUGUUUUCACCAUUAAAUUUUGGUUGUCUGCUGUUUAGGUUAUAAGAAAUUUCAACUCUACUCGUCACACUGAUCACUUUGGUAUGUGUCAUCGAAAUAUCUAACUCGUUUAGUUCUAGGUGACACAAACAACCGUUAUGUGAGCAAAACUAUUACACUCGAUGCAACAUGUUCCGCUAGUAUAAAUAUAUUUAUCUCAAAUUGAGUACUCUGUGGGCUUUAUUACCAGCUGCACCCAACGGCAUUAUUAUAUUCACAGUCUAAGCGCAGUUCAGUUGUAAAACAGCAGCGACGAAGUGCAAAACUAUAAAAAAUAUAUAAUAAAAGGUGUUUAAAACUUCAUAAAAAAUUACUAUUUUAAAAUAGUGAAGCACUAAACAAACUACACAGAAUAAACUAAGCAGACUAAAUUCCAACAUUGUGAAUUUUUUAAGUUUAGUGGAGGGAAACGUCCUGAAAAACAAUUUAAAAAAAUGUUGACUGAGCGAGAUAAAAAAUUAUGCGCUUUAGUGCAGCUGUAUCCCCAGCUAUACAAUAAAAGUCAUAAGUAUUAUGGUAAUGCACAAGCUAGAAAAGACAUCUGGCAAGAACUGAACAAAAAGAUGUGGAAAUUAGAGAUUGAUUACAAGGACCGAUGGGAAAAACUACUCACGACCUACGGACACUGUGAUCCUGGAAAGCAACUUUAUUUACCUGAGCCUAUGGAGUUUCUUAGGCCAUAUCUAUGUAGAAAAUCUGCCGUAAAAAAUUACCGAUCUAUGUCAACUCAUGUGAAAAUCUAUCAAGAACCUCACUACAGUAACUGCGUAGUUCGGUUUACGUAUGAAGAUGAAGAAGUAACUCCGUACAGAAUGAGUAAUGAGGUAAUGAUGCGUUUAGGUAAUGGUGCAAGAGAAUUAGGUGCAAUCGCUAAACGCAAUCCAUAUCAAUAUUGAAUGAGAAAUAUCAGUAUGAAUCAAAAGUUUUAUAAUUAGUCUUCACGCAUCCUAGCGCCGACACAUGUAAGAGCAGUAAUCUGUUCGUUAUGUUCAAAUAUCAUUAUUAUUCAACAUAUGUAUUAACCAAACCUUAUUAUGUACCCUUUAUACAAUAUAUUCAUUCAAUAAAUAAUCAAAUAAA